AUGACCUCCGAGCAGCGGGAUCUUCUGAGUCAAUCUCAAAGCCCCCUUUUCCGCUUGCCUGUGGAAGUUCGGCAGCAGAUCUACGAGUAUGUCUUGGGCGGCACGACUGUCCAUUUCAUCAUGACUGAUGCACACGGCCUCGAACACUGUGCUUGCCUGUAUGGAAAAGAGGUCGUUGACACGUCUGCUUGCCCAACUCAGGACCAGCCCAAGAUCUAUUGUCUCGGCCCUGGACUCAUGUAUCUUGGUGACCCCUUUGCCCAUGCGGGUGUCUCCCAGAAAAGACGUCUACGUGGGGAACCAACGAAGUUGUCUUUGCUAGAGACCUGUCGACGGAUGUAA